CGUUAUAAAAGCGUGUUAAUAUGGUCAAUAAACACCCACAUUUUAGAAGUGGUUUCGCUCUUGGCUUCAUUACUUGAAGAACGGAAUCAACUUUCGUGAUCAGAAGCGAUCAACCGUACUUGUUGUUAAUCAUACAAGUUCUUGGCGGCCGAUACCAUGAGUGGUGGGCUUCGUUCAAGCGUGAAGUCUUACCUUAAUGCAAAACGCCUGGCUUUGUCUGGGGAAAUAGAUACGGUGCAUGAGAUAGAUGAAUCCAUCACUAGCAAUUUCACUGCACUCCAAGCUGCGGCCGAUUCCGUGGAUAAGAAGAAAUCACAAGCGAAUAACGUUGCUUCAACUUCAUAUGGGCUGAUCGGUAUCAGUGAUGGUAAUGCUUGCCAAUGCUGAGCUCUUCUUCAAAGGUACAUAAAUUAAAGUGCAUGUUCUUAUGCAUUUCAUAUGUCUGUUGUAAUGUCCCAGCCGUACGCGAUUGUAUGGGAGGAAAGCCAAAACCCAACUAUGAUUCUGAUGUUUGCAUUCAUGGACAAUGAGAAUGAAAAGAAGAUCUUUUUUACGGAACUUGUCAGUUUUGCACUUCGGUGUCUUUGUCUUGAACUGCACAGCUUUAUCUUUUGAUCUUCUCCGAUCCCCCACUUAUAUUGUUUAAGUGGAUGUGUAGAACAUAGAUUCAUAUGGAACUACGAUCAGAUCUGAGAGUCCCCCUCAAGAUGGUACUUUACUCUCUUAUGUUAAAAUUCAUAAUAUUAAAUAUUGCAGUCUCCUUCCUUUGCUAUAUAUCCAGAAUGUUUGACCUUUUUGAAUUGCAAUCUUUUUAAAUAUGUAUAAUCAAUUUAAACAGUCUUGCAUCUGAUAUUGCAAAAUUUUCUUCUUUGUACUCCUUUUGUAAUAUAUUUGAAUGUUUAAUAGCUAAUUCCAUUUUAGGCAUUGCUAAUUACAAGUUAUAGUAGUGUUCGAUCACCUGGUAAGUUACAUGGCAUAUUGUUACAUUUCUAGCAUUGAACAAUUCUAAUAGUAAAGUUGUCAUCUGUCACAGUACCUCCAACUCCGCCGAAAGAUGGUGAGGUUUUGCUAAAAAGAUUUCUCUUUAAUGAACUGAAAACAGCUACCUGGAACUUUCAUCGUUAUAAUAAGCUCGGUGAAGGUGGUUUUGGUUCUGUUUUCAAGGGGUGGGUUGAUGACAGUUCAUCAACAGCUGCCAAGCCCGGUACUGGCAUGUUAAUUGCUGUGAAGAGGAUUAACCAAGAAGGUUUACAGGGUCACAAGGAAUGGUUGGUCAGUUUCACUCGGACUUCACUUGCUUACAUACACUUUUUCUAUGAUUAAUUUGGUGAUUCGUUUUGGUAUCCUGAACCUAGCUUUAAUUUAAAUUAGUUGAGUAUGGCAUACAUAUGAGAAUCCAAUAUACACAUUUCAAUUCCUGAAAGAGGAGAUUAAAAUGGGUAAUUACCAGCUGUCAUAGAGCCAGAGAGGGCAUUGUUCAGUUUCAUGGAACAGUCUUAACGGAUCUGCUUCUUAAUAUGUUUUACAGAUUAAUGAUGUUUCAUGUAAUAUUUUGACAGACAUUUAUUAACUUUGUACUGCCUCUUGAACUAUAGACAGAAAUUUACUACCUAGGAAAGCUGCGUCAUCCAAAUCUUGUGACAUUGUAUGAUCGCCGGCUUCUGGUGUAUGAAUUCAUGGCUCGUGGUAGCUUGGAUAGUCAUCUAUAUGGAAGUGGGUUAUGAACUAUAUCCUUGAGCCAUUUGACCUUUUAAAUGAAGCAAUACCAUUAAUAUAGACAUCAAAUACAUGUGACAUAAUUUGGGGACUUAAAUGUUGUUGUAACGGGGGCUUCUUACAUUCAACCACUUUCGUGGAUCCUGCGUAUGAAGAUUGCCCUUGGUGCUGCUAAGGUUCUAGCCUUUCUUCACAGUACUGAGGAAAAAGUGAUCCAUCAGGACUUCAAAAGCUCUAAUAUCCUACUGGAUUCAGACUACAAUGCCAAACUCUCUGAUUUUGGUUUUGCUAAGGAUGGACCAAUAGGUGAUAGAAGCCAUGUCUCAACAAGGGUGAUGGGGACAUAUGGGUAUGCAGCUCCCGAGUAUAUUGCUACAGGUCAUUUAACCGGAAAGAAUGAUGUGCAUGGUUUUAGAGUUGUUAUGCUCGAAUUGUUGUCUGGAAGACAAGUUCUGGACAGGAGCCUGCCAACCAAGGAAAAGAAUCAAGUUGAAUGGGCAAAACCAUACCUUACCAGCAAACACAGAGUUCUCAAAAUUUUUGUUGCUCGUAUUAAAGGCCAGUAUUAUGUGUCUGCAGCUCAUAAACCAGCUAACCUUGCAAAUCAAUGCUUAUUAAUAGACCACAAGUUAAGGCCAAACAUGAAUGAGGUAGUAAAUUAAAGCAUUGGAGAGCUUCAGGAAUCCGGUGACAUUGAGGAUUCCAGAAUCUCUCAAAAUGAGCUCUGCCAAACUCCUCAUGCCAUUUCAAGCGGUGCCAAAUCAAGCAAGCACUGGAGAAGUUGGAUCAGCUUCAGGCCAUCUACUGCCUGCAGCUACAUAAGAUAGUCAUGCAUGCGUUUACAUCAGAUGCAUUGAUUCAAAGGGAAAUGGGGAAUCAGGAGCAAAAGAAAUUACAGAUGUCGAUGGCUUAUUUAUAUUAAAAAUUGUAUCUUGUAUAUGUACUGGGCAGUUGAUUAGCUUUCAUCUUUUGCUUUGUGAAUUUCACAAUUAGUUUCCCUGAAGCGCUUUCUUUUGUCCUUGAAGAUGAGUUUCAGUUUGGCUCUCAGGAACGAUUGACUUGUUUCUUUAGCAUUCUGUAACAUCAGAACAAACAAGAUAUGGAAUUCCAGCCAAUAUGAUUAUUCGAACAAUACCUAUUGUAUUUGGCUGCUUCAGUGAGUUAUUAGUUAACCUCUUUCACUCUUUAGCCAAUUGGCUCAAACAUUCCUAUAUGAAAUACAGUUUUGGG